AUGAGCAAAGUGGGCAACCAGACCAAUUCGCAGGACCCACAGGCGGUGAACUCCCGGGUUUUCGUCGGGAAUCUAAACACGUUUCAGUGCAGCAAGACCGAUGUGGAGCGAAUGUUUCAGCGUUACGGCCGUCUGGCAGGAAUAUCUAUGCACAAAGGCUAUGCAUUCGUGCAAUUCACAAAUCCCUUUGAUGCUCGGAGCGCCUGCCUCGGCGAAGAUGGCCGCACCGUUCUUAGCCAGAUACUCGGUAAGUAA